GACACACACAUCUUUGGGUGCAUGACUACAAUUGCAGGAAGUAGAAGAAGGAUGCUUUAAAUAUGGCCGCUACCAGUGUUGAAGGAAAUUUCAAAACCUGGCUGAUAGAAACUCUGAACAGCUCUGAACUCGACGGUGAGGUGUAUGGGGACUAUAUAUAUGGAAUACUAGAAGAAGGAGAUGAGGAGGAAGAUGUCAAUUUAGAAGAAACUAAAAGAACAGAGUUGAUUGAUAUGCUCAGUGGAGCACUAGCAACAGGGGACUGUAUUGUCCUCUGUCAGUCAAUAGUGGAGAGAUGGAGUGCAGGGAAAAGAGCAAUGGCUGAUAGCAAAGCAAAGGUAUCAUCAAGAAAUGAUCCUACAGUAUUAUUAAAAGAGCACAUCAAGACUUCUAAACAAGCCACAGCCACUGUACCUAGUACCGUCUCGCAGGCCACCCAACCAUCAUCGUCUGCACUGAGUGACAAAGAAAAGUCUCGGCUAAUAAUCCAAUAUGGCAGUAGUUGUGCUGGCUCGGAUGAAGAAAAUGAAUCACAUAGUACUGGAGACUUAGCUGCAAAUGCAAACAAGUCCUCAGUAACAUCAGCUCUUAAGGAGAUGAGGGAAGAACAGAGAAGAGCUCACCAGCUAAAGACUGAGAGAGACAGAGAGAACAAGAAGGCACAGCAGCAGAAGCAGCAGGAGAGGAAAGAGAAAGAGAAGAAGAGAACGCAAAAGCAAGAGAGAAAAAGAUAGACUUAUUCAAUUGAUAGAUUUAUUCGAUUGCCGACUUGUAAAUCAUUGUAAUCUAUUUUUAUUUAAAGCACUAAUCCUUUGCAAUAAUUCACAA